AUAUCUACUAGCCAUGAGCUUGAGUUGUUACACAAGCUAUGCUUAAAUAGGUUCGUUUAUCUACAUCUCAUCAGUUUCCUCUUUCGUUUCUUCUUUCUCAUUUGUUUCGGUCUAUGAUCUACCACUUUUUCCUUUCUUUGGUUAACGCUUUACAUUUCUCCUCUUCAACUCGGAGGAAGCUCUCGGGAAAAGGGUUGUGAGAUCCUCUUGUGCUACCUCGAUAAGAACGCCUUUCGUAAUAUUUUCGUGAAGUGGAAAGAUCGAAACAAUAAAAUAGUAGAAGAAAGGCAACUUUUCCUUCCCUUUUCUAUUCCUUACAUCUCACUCUCAUAACCUUCCCAAAUUGAAAGGAAGAAUGGGUUUCUUCUUCUUCUUCUUCUUCCGUCUGCUUCUCGCCAUAACUUCAUCAGCCUCAUCAAUGGCGUCCCUCAAAACUCAACCCCACAAACUCCAAUCGACCCAUCUUCUUGAUCUCUACAUCAGAGAUUUCACAUUGAAUUCCCUCGACAAUACAAUCAAAACAGGGGCACUUCACACCGUCCCAUUACCGGAAAAUUUAACAGGCAUCACCGUCGACACGGCCAGGUUCCGAUGCGGCAGUUUACGGCGGUACGGGGCGUCGGUAGGAGAAUUCCAUCUGGGUGUCGGUGUUUCUCUGAACCCAUGUGCAGAGAGAAUCGUAAUCAUCCGGCAAAAUUUGGGCUCCAAUUGGUCUUCGAUUUACUUCAACAACUACCAUUUAAUUGGGUACCAAUUAGUCUCUUCAAUUUUGGGGCUUUUGGCUUACAACCCUGGAAAUUACACUAACACUUCAAGCUCCCCUGUUCCAUUUGAGGUCGGAAUUUCCACCGGAGAAAAACCCAUUACCAUAGAUUUCCGGAAUUCGACGAGAAUGGGAAAUAUUUCGGGAAUCAGGCCGAUUUGUGCGAGCUUUGAAAGGGAUGGGAGAGUGACAUUGGCGAAGGAAAUUUCGCCGUUGGUUUGCUCUGCUUUGAGACAGGGGCAUUUUGGGUUAGUGGUGGAGGAGGCAGAGCCGGUUGAACUGAGGAAGAAGGAACGGCCGUGGAAGGUGGCCGUCGGAAGCUCGAUUGGGGCGGCGAUUGGAGCGUUUCUUUUGGGACUGCUUUUGGUGGCGAUGUUUGUGAGAGUGAAACAGAGGACGAAAAUGGAGGAGAUGGAAGUUAGGGCUUAUGAAGAGGAAGCUCUGCAGGUUUCGAUGGUUGGACAUGUCAGAGCUCCGACAUCUCCGGGGACUCGGACUUCGCCGUCGAUUGAAAAUGAGUACUUGCCUCCGUCUAGUCGUCGUUGAGAUUUGAGAAUGUAAUGUUUAUUCAGUUUUAGACCUAUAUUCUUUAUUAAACUUCAUUCGUUUUUUAUGAGAGGGGUGAGCGGCUCGAACCAAUCUAAUUUAGAUCAAGUUCAGACCCUCGGUUGAAAAUUGUUGGGAGAGGACUUACAUGUCGACUAAUUAAAGGGUCGAUCAUGAAUUUAUAAGUACAUCUUCGUUAGUACGAUGUAUGUUGGAAAAACAAAAUACAAAGAC